AUGAUGCGUCGGAGAUUCUUUUCCACUCUCCGACAACUCCAACAUGACAAUCCGCUGGGCCUCCCGCGCUCCGGCACGCCGCCAUCCUUCCCGCGCCGUCGUGGCCUGCCUGAGAAAAGGAAGAUUCGCGAUGUGAACAAGGUGAUAGCGGUCUCGUCUGCUAAAGGCGGGGUCGGUAAAUCGACAAUUGCUGGUAGGGUCCGUUUGCUGAGGAACCCUUUGCUCUACGCCGCGUUCUUCGAUGGGGAUAGGACCCGAAUGCUAAUGGUUGCAUUGGCAGUGAAUAUUGCAUUGGCGCUUGCCAGGCGUGGAAUUCGCACUGGCAUUCUUGACACGGAUAUUUUUGGGCCUUCGAUACCCACGCUAUUGAAUCUCUCUGGAGAGCCGCGGCUUGACGAUAAGAACUGCCUUGUUCCUCUCACGAAUUAUGGCCUCAAAUCCAUGUCCAUGGGCUAUCUUCUCCCUCCACCACCCCCAGAGUCAACAAUCACCACCUCCGAUCCCAACAUACCGCCCAUGGACACAACCCCUAUCUCUUGGCGAGGACUUAUGGUAUCAAAAGCGAUGAACCAGCUACUCCACUCCGUUUCAUGGGGCCCACUGGACGUGCUCAUCCUCGACUUACCUCCCGGAACGGGAGACGUGCAACUGACCAUUAAUCAAGAAAUCGUAGUGGACGGCGCAGUGAUUGUGUCUACACCACAAGAUAUCGCACUUAGGGACGCUGUCAGGGGUUACGGCCUUUUCGAGAAGAUGAACGUGCCCGUUUUAGGUAUGGUGAGGAACAUGGCCUUUUUCGCCUGUCCGCAUUGCGGUAAGCAGACGAGAAUAUUCUCUCGAGGCUCAGAUCCUAAAGGAGCCCAGGAGGAUACAGCUGGGCAUGCUCAUGAUACUAGUGGCGUUGUGGCGACUUGUAAACGCCUAGGCAUUGAGUUUCUGGGAGAUGUUCCGCUGGAUGCUAGGGUGUGUGAAGACGCUGAUCGGGGUGUUCCCACCGUCGUUGCCGAAGAGAGCGAUGAUAGGAGCGUGCGACGGAGUGCAUUCAUGAGUAUCGCUGAAAAAGUUGCUAGGAAGGUUGGACUGGAAUGGAAAUGA